CAAUCAGAGCUCUCAAUGGGCGGAGUUCCUUUAUGUUUUCUGAGAAGAUGUUGCGCUGUGGAGUUGGAGACAGAUGAGAUAUCACUGUCUUACGCUCCGAACUGGAAUAACGACGCUCUUAUUUGUUUAAAGACCGUUUCUUCAUCUGAUGUGGACAAUUUAGUAAAGUUUAAGAUGCAUACAACUCGCAGUCCACUGGCAUCCAUCCAGACAGGGGCAGCUGGAGACGCUCUGGACCUCGGCCUGACAGGCUCCCAGCUCACAGUGGGCCGCAGACCCAACAGUGCUUCACCUGCAAAACACUUCUCUCGAUCCAUAUCUGUGUCUGUGGCCUUUGAUGGCCGUGGGAAGCGAAACACUUUGACUGAUGCUGGAUUGGGAAGCUCACGAGCAAUUAAGAAUCUGCGUCGGUCCAACAGCACCACACAGGUGAACCAGCAGGCCAACACAAGCCUCAGUGAAGGCCUCACAGAAGACUUCCUGGCUCUGUUCAAAAGCAGCUCUGAUGGACGGAGAAAACUAGCCAGCUUCUCCAAGACAUCCAAAGACCACACUACUUGGAACAUCCUGGAUGACCAAACGAGAGCUUUUCCUGUGCCCUGCAGCUCUCACAGUACCUGCAGUAUUGAUUCUCCUACAGGCCUGAAGAAGAGGGAAGCUGGCGUCUCUCUGGCUUCCAGCUUCACUGCCAACAACAGGAGCAAUAAAGCUGCUGUGGGUAACUCUGUGACCACCAUCCUUCAUAAUAACCACUCAGAGAAACCCCUCACCCCCAAGAGCUCCAAUCAGAAACCCUCCUUCAACAACAUAAUUAAAGCCACCGUAAAUGAUGAUGUGACUGUGGAUCUGAGCUGUUCUCUUACUAAGUCUCAGAAGAACUUCUCCUCUGCGUCAUCAAGCUCCAACAAUAUUGCCCCCCGUAGCCCCCGAAGCCCAGGUCAGCCACGCAGACAAGAGGUGACCGAGGAAGAGGCCGAAAGGUAUAUUCAGCAGGUGAACCAUGCUGCUAUUAUCAUCCAGCGUUGGUAUCGAUGCCAUGCUAACAGAAAGAGAGUCAGUGAGAAUACAAUCAAACACCUCCUCAUAUCCAAAAAGAAGGAGGAGAAAACCGCUGAAUCACUGAAGAAGAAAGAAGAUGAUCGAAAACGCAUCAGGGAGGAGAAAGCUCAUCAGGCUCGUCUUACCGUCAUACAGGAGCUUCAGCAGAAAAGAGCCCAGCGUGCUGCAGAGGUACAGCAAAUAGCAGAGGAGGAGGUAGAGACACUAAGACAUGCAGGGAAAGUGGGGCGUAAAAAACUCACCAGGAGUUCACCCACUUCUUCCUUUGACGACAAGGCUAAGAAUACAGAUUCUAAUGUGAACGUGGUGCCUGUUCUGGAGGAUGUGACACAUCUGAGGGCUUCAUCCCCCACUCGUUCUGCGUGCAGAGGAUCUCAGUGUUCUCAGGAGAUCCUCCAGAGGUCUGUGAGCAUGGAGGCCCAGCGACAGGGGGCGUCAUCCAGCAGGGCACAGUCGAAAACCACUCUAAAUGACUUGCUGGACACACUGAAGCUCUUAGAAGAGGCACCAGAGAGACUUUCAGAGCCCAAGAGCUACAGGAAGGACAAGUAUUCGUGGAUUGAUGAGGAUGAAGACUCCAACUCCCUGACAACAGAUAAUGUGGAACGGCACAGGCAGCUGAGUCAGACCCCAGCACUACCAGAUGGGGGCGCUCUGCUCUCGGAAGCCAAACUACAGAGCAUUAUGAGCUUCCUGGAUGAGAUGGAGAAGUCCGAGCAGGAGAGACCACGCUCAGUCACUUCUGGAUCACACAGAGAGGUGGUGUUGUCCGAGGAAGAUCUAGCGGUUGUAGAACAAGCCUCAGCCACAGCAGCUGAGGUCACCGGCUCCAUGAUGAGACUCAAACUGGAGCUGGAUGAGAAAAAACGCACAGUCAAUAUGCUACAGACAGCACUGGCCCAGCAGAGGGAGCUGACGAUCCGACAUGUGAAGGAGACUGAGAAAGAGCUCAAUCAUACGUUCCAGUUACAGAAGCAGCAGUAUGAAGCUACGAUACAGAGACACUUGACCUUUAUAGACCAGCUGAUUGACGAUAAAAAGUCCCUGAGCGAACGCUGUGAGGAAGUAGUAGGAGAACUCAAGCAGGUGGAUCAGAAGUACACUAAGAAGAUUGCUCAGAUGCAGGAGCAACAUGAGAUGGUUUGGCAAAUUCUGGGUCCCAUGUGUGAGGAGAUUAAGAAGCUGAAAGAGUUAAUGAGUGCCACGGAAAAGAUCCGCCGGGAGAAAUGGAUUGAUGAGAAGACCAAAAAGAUCAAGGAGAUCACUGUAAAAGGUCUGGAGCCAGAGAUUCAGAAGCUCAUCUCCAAGCACAAGCAGGAGCUGAAGAAACUCCGAGUUCUUCAUGAGGCAGAGCUGCUUCAGGCAGACGAGAGGGCUGCCCAGCGUUACGUCAGGCAGACCGAGGAAUUACGACAGCAGCUGGAGAGAGAAAGAGAUGAGCAGUGCCAGAGAGAGAGAGAACUGGCCAAACAGAGGUUUGAGAAACAACAGCAGGAAGAGGAGAACGCGCUGCAGCAUCAGAGGAGACGUCUGUAUAAAGAAGUGUCAGAGGAGAAAGAGCGAAUCACACAGCUGGCAGCCAGACAGCAUGCUGAGCUGGAGGACUUAAGGAAACAGUUGGAAAAGAACAGCUCUUUGGCUGCAAGAGCAUUGAGAGAAGAGCUGGAGAAGAGCAGAGAAGAACAGGAUAGACGACACCAGGCUGAAAUAAAGGCCCUGAAGGAAACACUUGAGGUUGAGAAACAGACAUGGGAAGAAAAUUAUAUGAAAAAAGAGGACGCAUGGCUGCUGAGCAGAGAAAGGGAGCUAAAAGAAGAAAUACGUCGAGGGAGAGACCAAGAGAUCGAGCUGGCCAUUCAGAGACUAGAGCAGGACAUCAGAGGGGCAAGAGAGGAGUGUGAGAGAGUUGCUGACAACCGGAUAAAGCGUGUGAGGGAGAAAUACGAGGCUGAGCUCAGAGAUCUGGAGCGUUCGGAGCGGGCAGCACUGCAGAGACAGCAGGAGAUGAGAGAGAAACACAGUGAGAUGGAGGCGGAGCUCCUCCAGCAACACUCACGUUUACGAGAACGAGAGCAAGAGAUAAGCAACCUCACCCAGGCUCGUGACAAGUUGUCGGAUGAGCGCCGCUGUCUAGCAGAAGUGAUCAGACAAGAAUUUGCAGAACGGCUUGUAGAGACGGAAAAAGAGAAUAGGAGGAUGAAGAUGGAGGUUGCUGAGGCCAAGGCACGACUCCGCUUCGAAGUGGAGCGAGUGACCAGAGAGAAAGAAGAAGAGCUUGCGGAGGUGCAUCAAAGAGUGAAGUCUGCUAUUUUGAAGAAGGAAGAGACUGUUAAUAACCUGCGCAAGCAGCAUGAGGCUGCAGUGAAGAGAUCUGAUCACCUUGAGUCGUUGUUGGAACAGCAGAGAAAAGAGCUGUUAGGGAAAUGAUUAAAAAGUUAGGGCAGUGAAACCCACCACAGCCCCUAACCUUCUGUCAUACGCCCUCCUGCAAAAAGAAACUUUCUCUUUGUUUUA